AUGAACCAAUCCACUAUUCAAGUUAUUGGCACACAACCACAAAAUAAUAGUGGUCAGCUACAAAGAUCCCAGAAUGUUCGUGGGUCAAACGCUAAUAAUCAACCUCAAGGAACUCUAAAUAUGCCGCCUCCGAGACCUCAAAACGCUACAAAUUCAUCCACCAGUACUGCUGUUGCCGUUCAGUAUGACCUGAUUGGCGGCACAUACACAUUCUCAAGAAUACAAGGAACAGGAAAUCUGCCACCACAAAACAAUCCAUCUUCAACGUCGCUAUUUUCAGGAACUUUAAACUAG